CAACCCGAGGACCAACGGGAUAUCUUUUUGGUUUUUCUGAAGGACACGCAAAAAUAAAAAAACAGAAAAAUAUGAAUUUCCAUCAGAGGACUCUCGAGGAGACGAUUUAAGGAAGAGAAAUUAGUGGAUAUUUAAUUUAAAAAAGACGCACAGAGAGUAAAGAGAACCUGAACUCAAAGACCUGACUGACCGAGGUUUCCUCCACAGAGUGGUCAGAGACCAUGCAGCACUACGGGGUGAAUGGUUACUCCCUGCAUGCCAUGAAUUCCCUCAGCGCCAUGUACAACCUCCACCAGCAGGCGGCGCAACAGGCCCAGCACGCACCCGACUACCGUCCGUCUGUGCAUGCCCUCACUCUGGCCGAAAGGCUGGCUGACAUCAUCCUGGAGGCCCGCUACGGCUCGCAACACCGAAAGCAGCGACGCAGUCGAACGGCAUUCACUGCCCAGCAGCUGGAGGCUCUGGAGAAGACCUUCCAGAAGACGCAUUACCCCGAUGUGGUCAUGAGAGAGCGCCUCGCCAUGUGCACCAACCUGCCAGAGGCCCGUGUGCAGGUGUGGUUCAAGAACAGGCGGGCCAAGUUCCGCAAGAAGCAACGCAGCUUGCAGAAGGAGCAGCUCCAGAAGCAGAAAGAAACAUCAGGAGCAACAGAGGCCUCAACAGAGGAUACCAAGACUGACCUGGCGCCCGACUCCCGCACACCUCCGCCUCCCUCCUCCGCUUCAUCUUGCCACUCGGAAACAGAGAGGCUAGCUACGGCCUCUAGGCCUCAACCCGGAGAGACAAGCGUGGAAGUCAACGUCACCUCACCCGAGCCGUCUGACAGCGAGUCGGGAGCUGAGGACAACAGAGAAGGGGAAGAAGACAGAGUGAGGGGGGAGAUGGGGGGGAAGGUUAGGGAGGAAGCACAAGGGGAGGCGGGGAUGCACCCUGGCAGCAGCUCGCCGUCCUGCAAACAACUCAGCCCGACAUCAGAUUCCCCCCUGAGUUCACCCGCCCUGCCAUCCUCCAGCAGUGUGACAAGCACCCUGGCCCAGAGCAACUCGUAUGCAUCAUCCCCUCUGAGCCUCUUCCGGCUGCAGGAGCAGUUUCGGCAGCACAUGGCGGCCACCAACAACCUGGUGCAUUACCCGUCAUUUGACGUGAGCGCACCGCCGCCGUCCUCUCUACCUUACUUGGGCAUGAAUGUCAACAUGCCGUCCCCGCUGGGUUCGCUGCCUUGCCAGUCGUACUACCAGACGCUGUCGCAGGCCCAGCAGGUGUGGAACAGCCCACUCCUACAGGGGGCGCCGGGCGGCCUUCCGGGAACCCUCAAUAGCAAGACCACCAGUAUCGAGAACCUGCGGCUAAGAGCCAAGCAGCAUGCGGCCUCGCUAGGAUUGGACACGCUCCCCAAUUGAAGCUGCUCCCUUUGCGAUGCUGUGUUCCAGCCAGGCCCACUGGGACCCCGCACAAAAACUCAGACAGCCUUCAGCUUGAUCCUUGAUAUGGCUUUCUUCAUGCGUCUGCUGGGAGAACAUUAUGGACUUAAAAAAUAUCUAUCCAUUGGACUGCAGUACUUCAUGCUUGUGAAUCUUGUUGCAAUUCCACCACUGCUUUGGCUGCACAAAUAUGAAAAUACUCUCCAAUUAUACCCAGAACUAUGCAUGCAAACAUCCCAUGGAGGCUAGCAGUGUUUACACACGUACUGUUGCCAUGGUCUCAGCUUUGGACACAAUAUGUCAGAAAUAAAAAUCACAAUUGGUAAUGCACAGCCACAAUAUGGCUGUUUCAAUCAAACCAUGGCUUGAAAAAAGAAGUAAAUAACAAAUGGGGACUUUGGCUCGAGGGCUCCCCCGACUGAUAGGAAGGGCAAGUUAAUGAAUGUACAGUACAGUAUAUGCCAAUCAUCUUAUGAUAUCAGUGUUUUUAAAAACAGGUGAUCCAAGGUCACUAUGGCAACAACAGCAACCCCCCCCCCCCCCAUUACAAGCCACUUUGUUUGCCAAAAUAUGUUGCGUUUAAAAAAAAUGGCGGGAUAAAAUAAGAGAGAUAUCUGCAGUAUUUUACAAAAAGAAACUUAAGCAAGCUCAUUUUUGGCAGGCAAGUCAAGGCUAACUAUGUAUUAUAUGUCUGUAGAUUUAAGAUGUGAUUACAAAGUCAGUAAUUUAUCUGUGAAAUGUAAUUGGAAUAAAUGCGAGCCUGACAAGGAUUAAUGUUGACACUAUAUGUUGGGAAAUCUUUGCAUCUUUGUUACUGUCUGUAGCGCAAAGCUUCUUUUUACACUUGCAUGACACUCGGAAAUGUUAAAUAGCACAAUGCUUCAGCACUGCUCCGUCUUUCCUAUACAAUGCAACGCAACAUGAAAGCAUAAGUACUCAAAUUUCUCAGUUUUGCUAUACUGGAUGUGCUGAAAUUGU